CAGCUCCAAUCCAAGAAAGACUCACUGGAACAGAGCUCCUCAUUGACCACACAAGCAGCUUCAUUGUAGCGUCAGGUUAUAACUCCCCGUACGAUUCCAAAUAGCAUUUAUCGUUGUUUCACUCUGUUUUGAACGAGUUUAACCGGUUCGCGAAAGUGAAAUUAGAAACGGCGUCGCUUACGCAACUCGGGUAGAAGUUUUCUGAGUGAGUUAGCUUCCGCUGCUAGCUCAAGAAGUCAAGGAGCCGUGUGUCCCCCCAGUAUGCUUCUGGGUGACUGAAGAAAAGAGGAGAGAGGGGAGGAGGAAGACGUUUGUUGGGCUUUUUCUGGACCCGAUAUGAACCUGGCAGAAGGCAGCAAGCAAGCCGCUAGGAGACACACUCUGCUACGGUAUGGAUAAAUAGCAGAACAGCUGCUGUGUCUGUGAGAAGAAAGGUGGAGGAGGACACCAGCGACUAUGAGCAGGGCAGAACAGAAGGACAAGGUCUUGUCCCGAAGUGAAGAGCCUCUCCAUCGCCUUCAUCACUCAAAACCGGAUCCCCUGAUUCGAGUCAGGCCCCUCAGCGACCUAUUUCCAUCGCAGAGCCUUGCAGACAGGAGCUCAGGCCCCUGCCUGCUGUCCGGUUGUGGCUCCCAGGUGCAGCCUGUGGGUGAAGCUCCAUUCUCUGAUGAGAGCAGAAUAAAUGGAAUCAACUCCUCUGCCUGGACCAACCCAGGGAACAGUCAAGCUGAAGGAAGGCCUUACAAUUCAAGAAUAAUGAGGCUGUUUUCUAACUCGAGGAAGGGUGUCGUCCCUCCUCACAGCCCUGAUGCAGAAAGCUCGAACAACGACGGGAACAGCAGCCCCCAGCCGUGGACCGGAUUGGCAGGGUUCGGUGUUAUGGACUCCUUUAAAAAACUGCGGUCAUCUGUGCUGCAAGGAAUUCAGAGUAAGGGGGCAGCGAGCAACAUUGCCCCCCCACUUUUCAUGGACAUGCCUAAUGGAUCAGCCAGGAACAGCUCAGGGUCUGAUCUAGCUGAUGCAGCUAAUCAUAUAUCUAAUCUACAUUUACCAGACCAAAUAUCAGCCAACAAGAAACAGCACGACUCAGAUAUUGAGGACUAUGAUGAUGAGGAGGCUGACGGUGAGCUCACACGCAAUUCCCGAUUUUCCAGGAGCAUCAGGAGAGCAUACGGCGCAGGAAGGAUCACGUUACUUGACUUAGAAAAUGGAAGAGGAGCAGGUAGAGAGAAAUCUGACACUACACACAUGACACAAAAAUCAAGGACUCAGCAAAAGUGCAGAGAACCUUAA